UUCAAUAACUUCUCAAAUUUCAUGGCUAAAUCACUACCCAUUUCCCAAUUCCCCUUCAAAUUCCUCAUUUUCAAUCUAUUAAUUCUAAAUCCAAUCUUUGGUCAAUCACUUGAAACCCUAACCCUAAUUACAAACAACCCCAAAUUUGAUUCCGAAAUCGCCCUUACCGGCAACGCCACAAUCUCAGCUGACGGCUCUACUGUGCAGCUCACUACGCCAAAUACAUUAACCUCUGGUUUUUUGUUCUACAAUGAUUCCUUCAAAUUUCAUAGCUCUAAUCCGAGCAAGACGGCGUCGUUUUCCACAGAAUUUGAAUUCUCUGUUACUGGUAAUUAUAUUGGUCUUUCUCUCUUAAUGGGUCCUUAUAAUUCUGUGCCAAUUUUUAUGGGUCAACAUUAUUCUCACGUAUUGUAUAGAAAAAAGUAUUUGGCUAUUGAAUUUGGGUAUUCAAUGGGUGAUGAUGAUGAUGCUGAUAAAAUUAGUGUAAUUAUAAGGGUAAAUAAUGAACUAUUAGGACAUACAUUGACAAAACGCGGACAAACAAUGAAGUCUUGGAUUGAUUAUGAUGCAAAUUCUAAAAGAUUAGAAAUUAGGAUUACUGAAUUGAGUGAUAAAAGACCAUAUGAUCCAUUUGUUGCAUCGGCGCUAGAUUUGUCGAAAAUCUUGGGUGAUAAUGAGGUUUAUGUGGCGUUAGGCUCAACUAAUAGUGGCAAUCAAUUGGCAAUGUGUGAUGUGUAUUCAUGGAGGUUUAGGUUGAGGAAAGUUUCUGAUUGGAUGCAUUCGUUACCGGUUGAUCCACACGGUUCUAUAGUUAAUGGUAGUGGUAAUGGUGAUAAGAGUUUAAGAGAGCAUAGGAAGAUGUUUUGUCCAUUGGCAAUUCUUGCUUCGUGUGUGGCAUUGCUGGCAUUUUUGGUGUUGUUUAUGCGUUCAAUGUUUGUCGAUAGGAAACUGAAGUUUCCAAUCGAUAGGAAAGUGCAGCCGGUGGAUUUUAGGUAUGAGAAGAUCGGUGUGGUCGUGGAAAAUGAUGAGAAACUGGUAACGAAUUAGAGUCUUGUUUCAUGUUUAAUGUGAUGUUGUGAAUUUAGCCGUUACUAUAGUUUGUUGUUCAUGUAUCUUCUGUUACUAACUAAUGUUUUCUGCGUGUUCUUUGUUGUUGUACUAACUGAUUCUAAUCGAAAGAGUAGUUUUUAUGUAAUGCCGUGUCACGAAGCUUAAUGCGAUGGAUUGUUUUGCAUUCGUAGAAGAAUCAAAUUGUUUUGUCUUUGUAGUAGCAUCAAUAGAAUGUCAUAUUUGCAUACUAUUAAUCUUUUUGCAUUUACUGUCAUGUGUCGAAAUGAUAUAUGAUCCUCUCAAGAUUCGACGCUGCAUACACGUUAGACUUUGUUUAAUUUGAUUAUCUUGAAGUAGAUAGGUACUUAAAGUGGCAGCAAGAAGCAGAAAUACAUGUUUUAGUUUAUGCAAUACAUGAAGUUUGUUUGUGUUUCUUCUGUAUGUUUGUACAAAUGUUAAGUAGCAGAGAGAAGAAAUUUCAUUUA